UAGAACAAUAUUUGAAAGCAAUCAGAAAACAGAUAAAGUUAUGGCGAUGCAGAAACACCUAAGCAUUCGUGAUUGCCACCCUCGAGCCAUUACUGCACUUGGUUUCCAUUCUGCAAAACGGGAGUUUCUCACUGGUUUUGAAGAUGGAGUGAUAAAGUGGUGGGACCUGGACAGUGGGCGUCUGUCUCAGUCAGCUUCUGAACACUCUGGAAUGGUCACUAGUCUGUUGUACUGGGCACAGACUAGAUUGGUUUUAUCUUCUUCAAAUGAUGGCUUUUUGAUAGUGUGGACCUCAGGAGCUGUUGUGCUAGACAAGAUCAAGUUGGGAAGCCCCAUCUUCAGCAUUGCAAUCAACUUGAGGCGACAUCUCCUGGUGUGUGGUUUCAGCAAGCAUCUUUCUGUCUACCCGUUGGAUGAGCAGAAAGCUUCUGGCCACAUGAUUGACUUGAAGAAGAAAUUCUCAGACAACGUGCACACUGACAUUGUGUCAUGCGUGUUGUGUCUAGACAGUCAGAUCUACACAGUUGGAUACGACAGAAAAUUUAUAAUAUUUGACACUUACCAGACUCCCGAAAAAAUGUGUCUCAAAGUUGUCCAUUGCAAUUCUCAUGCACAUGAAGCUGGCAUCACGCAUCUCCUGCUUGUCCGGGAACAUGAGAGUACAAGGUUCUUGACAGGGUCUUUUGAUGGCACUGUUGGUGUGUGGUCUCAGGAUGGGCAACUGAUUCAAAGGCUGCGAAACUUCACUGGUGUGAUCACUGGGAUAUGCUAUGUGGCACCUGUCAAAACGGUGUGGAUCACUAGUGGUAUCGGUCAUCCUCUUCUGCUGGACCCACGCUCUGGGGAUAUUGAUCCAGUCGACACAACCAGGUCUCUGUUUACCGAUGAGAUGGAUGUGUUGGUUAUGGCUGCAACGAAUGGGGACAUCUAUUUGUGGGAGUUUGAUGAGUCAGAGACCGCUUCAAUUCCUGAUGAAACAGCAGAGCCAGAUGACUCCCAGAAUCUAAUGAAGAAGUAUGAACAUUUUCUGGCUCCAGAAUCUAUAGCAGAAAGCCCCAUAGGUUUCUCCAAGAAAAGUCACGUGUUAAACAAACAUCUAGUAGGUAUGACCUGCAGGAACGUGUUGGCCGGUCAUUUUAAAACUGUGACAGCUCUAGCUAUAAUUGGAAAGGAGUGCGGAUUUAACACUGUUUAUUUGCUUAGUGGUGGUUGGGAUCGCAGACUUUGUGUUUGGGAUCUGGAAAAAUGCACCCUCAUAGAGACAUUUUCAAGACCCGAACAAGAGCAGUGGAGUGAGCUGAAAGAAGUUGCCUGUGAUGGAUACAUAAUGGAUAUAUGCUAUUCCCCAAAGAGGAAAGAGUUUGCCUAUGCGUCCAGCGAUGGGAAAAUUUACAUCCGCAAUUUCUCCACUGUCAGCUCUGAAAUGACACUUGUCAACAUCCUAAUAGGCCAUGAAGCAGAAGUCACAACAGUUAUAUGGCAUCAUCUGAUAGACAAAUGGAUCAGUGGCUCUGAGGAUGGAACCAUCCGGAUAUGGAGUGAGCAUGGGGCACACUGUGAGAAGGUCCUUGUCACUAAAGAAGUUGUCACUUGCCUAUGUAUUGACAAGGUGAACGGAUGCAUUGUGGCUGGAGUCCAAGACACAAUUCGGUAAGAUGUGACAAAUAAAGGUACUCGUAGGGUAGAAAAGGAAUCAAUCUU